AUGUCGGAAACAACUCAUAAGCGUCGCCGUGUGACACGGGCGUGCGACGAAUGCCGUAAAAAAAAGGUCAAGUGCGAUGGCCAACAGCCGUGUAUCCACUGCACAGUGUACUCGUAUGAGUGCACCUAUAACCAACCCAGCAAGCGAGCAUCAGCGAGCCAGCUAGUGUCUUCCAAUCUGCCCUCGAAGACAGACGGGAGUGAUUCUCUAGGGCCUGCAGGAGCCUCGCCAUAUUCUCGAACCCAACGAUCAGGUCUUGGUCCUGCACGAGUCCCAUCGAAAAACGCACAAAUGCAGGUGCUGUCCAAGUACAGGGCUCUGUUUGGACAACUAUUCCCGCAACUGCCUCCAAUCGAAACCCUGGACGUUUCCGCGUUCGUAAAAGCGCUUUCCAAGUCGGACUCUUUCAAAAAGGCCGUCCAGGACGUCACCAAAGAACAUCACUUUAGCAGCACCCAAGAUAAGCCAUACGAUUCAGAAUCCCCAGGAACUACCACAGGUACCGCCACAGCGACGCCAGAACUCCUGGCAGAUGCAAUAGAGGGCAUCGACGGCUCUAUCCAAUCCAACGAGGGCCGUGAGAUCAAAAUAAUACUUCCUCCCAAAUCUGUGGCCCUGCAUUUCAUCCACGUCACCUGGGAGCAGUGCUGCGUGCUGUUUCGAUUCUAUCAUCGCCCGAGCUUCAUCGCAAGUCUGGACAAACUCUACGAAACGGAUCCACACGAGUACUCUCACGACCAAAUGCAUUUUCUGCCCUUAUGCUACAGUGUAAUGGCAGUUGGUGCUCUGUUCUCAAAAUCUGCUCAGAAAACCUCAGGAACAAGUCCAGAGGCCGCAGCUAGCUCUCCAAGUCAAUUCAUGCAAGACGAAGGUUACAAGUAUUUUGUAGCCGCACGCAACCUCAUUGACAUCACAAAUGCUCGAGACCUCUAUUCCAUACAAGCCAUUUUGAUGCUCUUCAUCUUCCUACAAUGCUCUGCUAGAUUAUCGACAUGUUACACUUACAUUGGGGCUGCUAUGCGCAAUGCGCUGCGAGAAGGAAUGCAUCGGAAUUUGAACGCAGACACGAAAGGGUACAACCCUAUCGAAACAGAGAUGCGAAAACGUCUAUUCUAUACCAUUUACAAGAUGGACGUCUAUGUGAACACCAUGCUAGGGCUUCCCAGAAGUGUGUCGCAAAGAGAUUUUGAUCAAGCUUUUCCUGCAGAAUUGGCCGAUGAAUACAUAACCGAAACCGGUCUCAAUUUCGAUCAGCAAGGCGAUGUUCUUUCAUCUGCCGGGAUAGCAAACUACCAUACCAAGCUUAUUAUGAUACUCGAUAGCAUCGUUGCAGAGCUAUACCCAGUCAAGAAGACAAACAAUUUGAUAUCUCACGAUGUGGUCACUCAGUUAGAGAUCAAACUGCGGCAGUGGUUAGACAAUUUACCGCCAGAACUAACGCCUGGUGUGAAUGACGUUCCAGCAAAAUACGAAAGAGCAAACCAAUUGUUACAUCUGUCCUUUUUGCAGAUCCAGGUCAUUCUGUACCGGCCCUUCAUUCAUUAUCUAUCUGCGACCCGACCGACCAAGGCCGUGGACUCCCUUUCCAUUCAAAGAGCUAGAAACUGUAUAUCAGUCGCUCGUACAGUGGUGAAGUUGGCCAAAAAAAUGAUGGAAAAGAAAACCCUGACAGGCUCAUAUUGGUUUAGCAUAUACACCAUCUUCUUUUCAGUCGCAGGGCUGAUAUAUUACCUACACGAAGUGUCUCCUUCUGAUGAAAAGGGUGAACAAGAAUACAAUGAUAUCAAAUCAGAUGCUGAAAUGGGCAAAAGUGUGUUGCUGUACCUAAAAGAUACCAGUAUGGCCGCUAGUAGGACUUACAAUCUGUUACACAUGCUUUUCGAGAAAUUCAACUCCAAAACCAUUAGAUGGAGCCAAGUGAAGCAAGAUGAAUACACGGCGCCAUUGCCAUACAACGAUGAACCAUUGCCAGAAACAACCCAGCCCAUCAAUGUGCGCGAUGAGUCCAGCUCUUACAAUCUGGAGACUAACAACAUGGACCUAUUGGCAUUGGAGAAUCCCGACGGUAGCACGCCACAAAACACCGCUACUAUAUCGGGAGUUAACACCAUGAAUACAGUUAAUACCUCCAGCAUGCUCAUGGCCAAAGAUUACGACUUCGUUGGUGAUGUUUUAGAAAUGGACAAUUUCUUUGACGUGGGCGGAAACCUUGGAUCUGAAGAUAAGGCGAUUGCGCCGCAGACUUCUAACUCUUACUCCAAAAAGAACCCGGAACCAUCUCCAGAUGUGGAUGCCGGGAAUUCCUAUGUUCCUGGCGCCUUUGAUCAAUUGGAUGUUCAACUCUUUGGCCGCUACUUACCCCCAUACAUGUCUCAGUAG